AUGUCCAUCUCUUGUACCCGAAACUUCUUCGAACGAUUCUGCGUUGAGGAAUACAAUAUUCAUAGCAUAAAACAAAGUAGUUUCCUCUCCGCAGAUCUUUUACCAUCUCUUGGAGCUAGAAUUAACCAUUCCACAAAGCUACGUAAACACAUAAUCUCUCCUUUCAAUCCAAAAUAUAGAGCAUGGGAGAUGUGGCUAGUCUUUCUAGUCAUUUACUCAGCUUGGAUUUGUCCCUUUGAAUUUGCCUUCAUCACCUACAAGAAAGACACCAUUUUCAUCAUAGACAACAUUGUUAACGGCUUCUUCGCCAUUGAUAUUUUCCUCACCUUCUUCGUCGCUUAUCUCGAUAGCCACUCCUAUCUUUUAGUUGACAAUCCUAAGAAAAUAGCAAUAAGGUACCUUUCUACAUGGUUCGCUUUCGAUGUGUGUUCGACUGCACCAUUUCAACCUUUGAGCCUCUUGUUUAACUACAAUGGAAGCGAGUUAGGCUUCAGAAUUCUUAGCAUGCUCAGGUUAUGGAGGCUGAGACGAGUUAGCUUUCUUUUUGCAAGACUUGAGAAAGAUAUCCGUUUCAACUAUUUCUGGAUACGGUGCACAAAACUCAUUUCGGUUACUUUGUUCGCUGUACAUUGUGCUGGAUGUUUUAACUACCUGAUCGCAGAUAGAUAUCCCAAUCCAAGAAAGACAUGGAUUGGAGCUGUUUAUCCAGAUUUCAAGGAAACAAGUCUCUGGAAUAGAUAUGUGACUGCUCUUUACUGGUCUAUUACGACGUUAACGACCACUGGAUAUGGAGAUUUGCAUCCUGAGAAUCCAAGAGAAAUGCUCUUUGACAUUUUCUUCAUGAUGUUCAACCUCGGCUUGACGGCUUACCUGAUUGGGAAUAUGACUAACCUUGUUGUUCACUGGACUAGCCGAACCAGAAGCUUUAGAGAUACAGUGAGAGCUGCUUCAGAGUUCGCUUCAAGAAACCAACUCCCACAUGACAUACAAGACCAAAUGUUAUCACAUAUUUGCUUGAAGUUCAAAACAGAGGGCUUGAAACAACAAGAAACUUUGAACAGUUUGCCAAAAGCAAUCCGGUCAAGCAUUGCAAACUAUCUCUUCUUCCCCAUUGUUCAAAAUAUUUACCUCUUUCAAGGAGUUUCUCGUGACUUCCUCUUUCAAUUGGUUUCAGAUAUAGAUGCUGAGUAUUUCCCACCUAAGGAAGAUAUAAUCCUACAAAACGAAGCACCUACGGAUCUUUACAUCCUAGUCUCAGGAUCAGUGGAUUUCACAGCCUAUGUUGAUGGACAAGAUCAGGUUCAAGGCAAAGCAGUUAUUGGAGAUAUGUUUGGAGAGGUUGGUGUUUUAUGCUAUAAACCUCAACCUUUUACGAUAAAAACAACCGAGUUAUCUCAAAUACUACGAAUAAGUAGAACAUCGCUGAUGAGUGCAAUGCACACUCAUCCUGAAGAUGGACGAGUUAUAAUGAACAAUCUUUUCAAGAAACUUAGAGGACAACAAUCAAUAGCAAUAGAUGAUACAAACAAUGAUCAACAAAACAUAAAUUUCCAACUAAUGGGAUGGGAAGAGUGGAUGGAUUCAAGAAAAUAUGCUAAUGGUUCAGAUGUUACUGAAUCGACAUCCGGUAAGGAUUCAGAUCAACAUUGCAGCCCCAGCAUCAAAGUCAAUCCAUGUAAAGGAAAAGAGAAGAGAGUUACUAUUCACAUGUUGUCACAAGAGAAAGAUCUAUCACCGGGACAUAAAGGAAAGUUGAUACUCUUACCUAAAUCCAUAGAAGAGCUUCUAAGUGUAGCAGGUGAAAAGUUUGGGGGAUGCAGCUUUACAAAGAUCACCAAUGCAGAGAACACUGAGAUUGAUGAUUUAGAUGUUAUUUGGGAUGGCACGGGGCUCGAGGUACUUUGUGAUACAAUGCUCUCCGGCGCCGGUGACGCGUGUUCUCGCCGGCGCUGGCCACUCCCGACGAUGUCAUCCUCUGCAUUCAUCUCUCUGCUCGUUUCGCGUUUCAGUUCUCGUGUGCUAUGGAGUCGUAGCGUUCUGUUAAGCGGAGAAAGGGGUCUCCGACGGAGACAUGAGCUUCGGUUCCUUGCCUUCACGGUAGUCCUCCUUACGGCCCUUCCUCCUUGGUGGGUCUUCUCCCCAACGAUGAGUCGAGAGGGUUCUCUCACCACGUUUGUACUCUGGUUCAAGGGAGCGUUUCCCGGCGAACCACCUUCUGGCUGUCAAUGGACAAGACACACUGUUAACCUUGUCCGUGCUCUUCAACUGCUGAUGGAGUUCAGAUCUCAACGUUCAAGCUUCCGCUUUCCACCUCCGGGAAGUGAGACAACAAAACAACCUUGCGGUGCUUUUCAUUUAUACGACGCCAGAUCCCAAGACAUCUCAAGCCUAAAUCCGAAUCUAAUCGGUAGCUAUUCACUUUCCUCGCCUCUAAGCUUUGAUGGUAACCGGGAUUACUCUGGUGAACCCAUCUCUCAGCCGGCAAGUGACGUCAUCCGCGCCACCUUCAUCCUUCAAUCUAGAUCCACGACGUCUCUUACCUUCCCAGCGUGGGCUUUGGUUUCUGGACCGAGAUCUAUAUCUAUGUGGGCCUGGCCCAACUACUUUGCUGAAGUUUCUUAUGCAGUUAUCAAGUUUCAAAACCCUAGACUAUCAAACCAUUGCGUUAGAUUAGCUGUGGGUCUGAUUUCUUUGGAUAAUUUAAAAAUCUCCUAUGGGUUCAUUGGAGUCUAUAAUCUGAGUUUAUUGCAAUAUCACUUCUUUGGGAAGAAUUUUUCGUUGGGUCCGACGAUUAUGAUAUGGUUUUCAUCAUCCUCCUUCAAUAAGGAGAGGUCUUCAUUACCAUACCUUCCUUCUAUGAACGGAGAUGUCCUCUCGGCAAAUUGA